GCUGAGGCUUCCCACAUGACCCUCCACCCUGUGGCAUUCUCGUUGUCAGGUCAGCAGACUCAGAAGAGUGAGUUAGGCAGUGAAGAUCUCAAGCACACUAAAAAACAGUCCAUCAUUGGUCAAGAAAAGAAAUACUCCACCAGCAGCAGUGAAUUUGAAGAGCUGACUGCGUACAAUAUACAAACUGGAUACCCUAAAAAGAAUCUAAACCGCUACUACCAGGAGCACUGGAAUUUCCAGCCGUGCCUCAUGGGGAGACCCUGAGGGUACUAGAGGCAGCAUCACACAUGCUUUGAGCCGCGCAGCUGCUGGAGCGUGCCCAUGAGGAUGAAGAAGGAAGUGGACAGGAGUCAUGACGACUGAUUCCGAAACUCCACCACAAGGAGGGAAGAGGUCUGAGCCAUCCCUGUGCCACCAGCACAAGUAACUCCAGCUCCUGACACAGCCAGGGAGGGGGGCUGCCUGCAAUUAAAGUCCUUGUUCAAAUCAGAGGAUGUGUCC